AUGCGCACCUUCAGGUACCCGCUGAACUUCAUGGCUCCGGACAUGGCCGCGCCCCCGGCAGCCGGGCAGGAGAGCCAGCGCCCGCUCCCGCCGGGAGAGGCACCCAGCCUCUGCUGCCGGGCCGCCGCAGCCCCGCCGCGCCUCCUCUGGGGGCCGGGCGGCGGCACCGCGCCCGCCCCCGGGCCCCGCCGGGCUCCGGGCCCGCCCCGCCCGGCCCGGGCCGCUCCUGCCGCGGGGAGCGCCGCGCUCCGCCCGGGGACACCUGGGCGUGGGGCGGGAGGGGCCGCGGAGGAGGGCGGCGAUGGGCGAUGGGCUCUGCCCGUCCCGCCACCGCCCAGCAGCGGCCCGGAGCUCCCGGCCAGCGGCCCGAGAGGGAACACAGCUCCGGGGACAAGCUCCGAGACACCGCCGAGGGGCUCCGACCCCGCCGGGGCUCCGAGCCCGUGUCCGGCACCUCCCGGGAAGGGCUCGGAGCUGCGGCGGCUGCUCGGGGAGAGCAGCGAGAGGCAGCGCUGGCUGCGCCGCCCGCACCUCGCCCUUGGCAGCCGGCGCCUCCCGCUCGGCUCCGCCGGGAGAACGUGCGCGGAGAACACAAGGACGGGUUGGCUCUGCCACACUGGAACCGCUCCGCCGUGUGGGGUUAAUUGAGGGUUUCACGGCAGAGCGGCGUGAACUGGGUAGGGAACAAUGAAAUCUUGCCUUCCCGGUGGCACUGUUCAGCCGGCAUCGUCUGAAUUGCGUUGCGCUCGCUGAGAGGCGGUCCUUUGAGUGACCCCACCACAGCUGGAUGGUGCCGGGACUGGCUGACAGCUUGCAGACCUUUUUUGGCGUGUUUCUUUCAUUUUUUCCCCCCCUUUUCUUUUUCAGACCACUCCUCUCACCUCAGCUCUGCCAUCUUUCACGUUCCCUAGCAGGCUGUGUUUUCUCCCAUCCCCUUUCUUCCCUUGCCCCCUUCUCCACGUUGUUUUCUUCUUCUAGAGCUCCGAGUUUCUCAGGAGCACCGAGCCAAGGCUCCUUGCAAGCUUCAGACAGAGCAGGUUGUCUCUGCCUCCUCUGGAGAGAGCAGGUGGAACAGGUUCAGUAAUGUGAUCACUCCUCACAUGGAAGCAACUGUUCUGCCAGAAAAACUUGUACUCUCUUAAAUCAGACUUCUGACAGGUCUCCUUUCAAGGCUUUUAAGUUCCUUGCUCUGUCACUAUUAACUGGAGAAGACAAGUUUAAGAUUUUUUUGAGCUUGGUUAGGACAGCUCAUCCUGAGCAGAAAUAUCGGCUUAGUUUUAGAAAUUGCCACAUCAGGUUCUGGGAUUUUGUUUCCAGAAGUGACUGGCUCCAGAUCUUUUCACAGCAGGUAUGGCCAAGUAAGCACGGAGUACUCUCUUCUCAUAAAAGACUUGUAGAUUUAGGAUUUUUGUAUUGAUGUUCCUUCUGAAAUGCAUUUUAGCAUUACCUGUGAUCAUUCUAGGUAAUUUUAUUUGCCUUGGUUUUAAUCUUUGUACCUUCUUGGAUUUCAGUAUCCCACAGCAGAGAGCUGGUCAGAAAUAAAUAUUUCCUUUUAUCAGCAGUAUAUCUGCUACUGCUUUCAUGUCUGCAUUAAGCACUUCUUCUUUCAUGACACCAUAAAAUAAAAAAAGUCCCUCAUUUACC